AUGGCAAGGUCGUAUACCCCCGACGAGCUGGCAGCCGCCGAAGGCUUGCUUCUUCUGUGGGCGAGCCGAAGCGUCACAGUUACCCCACGCGACGUCCAGGGAGCUGUGAGCAAUAAUCCCGGGGUAGAUAGCCAUGAAGAUACCGAGCACAGUCAUCAGCAUGACGAUAUGCAGACCUCCCGCAGCCACGAUGUGGAUAUGCUGCCACCCUCUCCCCCCCCAGAGUCGGCCUCGUCCUCCUCUCGUACUGCCACGCAGAACAGCAUUCCUGGGCUGCGAGCAAACAUCCCCCCGUUCCACGAAGAGGGCUCUCCGCAGUAUGCUCACGACCAGGAACAGCGUCAGAUUACGCGCUUGAUGAUUCUGCGUCAUGUUAUGAACAACAGACCCCCUGGUAGAGCUGAGAUUGCGCGGCAGAACAUCAUGCAGCGCUUCCCACCGCGUGGCAGCCGCCUGGAUCGCGAGCAGACAUCACGGCUCGGUAGAAUCCCAGGUGCUGCUCGAGACGGCGCGAAUCGCUUGCCUCCACGCUUCUUGCCUGCGAGAAACCCCAGACCCGCUGACUCGCGCCCUGUAGCGUCGGGCGGCCGCAAUCCGGGACACAAUGGAUCAGCUCAACAUGACGUGCAGACCAACACCGCCCCUCAUGAUGCCUCAGGUCGAACCGUCAAUUCAACCACCGAUGUCAACGGCUCAGCUGCAGUCACUUCUCAUCGGGAGCAAAGCACCGCCGACUCCCAGCCGGGUAUGUCGCUGCAAAAGUAUCUGAUCCGGCAGCAGAUGAUCGCGGGCGUACAGCCAGAGGAGAUCGCACCCAUCCGUCCUCAGGCGAUGGUGAACAACCCUUCAGCUCCUGUGGUAUUGCAGAUCAGAAACGACGCUGUUGCCGUGCCUAGAAUCCCACCUGCGCAGUUCAGCGGACCACUUCAGCCUCUUCGGAUCGUGCCACGCGGAGGUUCUGGAUCUGUCAAUGGGCCGGUGACCAGGGACACUGCACUACACAGUCAUCCUCUGAACCAGGGCCCCGAGCCUAAGUCUGAUAACGACAAGUCUGCGGCUGCCAACAAUGAACCUCAACCCCUACCUCUACCUCAGACCCCGCAGCGUCCAGCAGGUUCUCGCUAUCUCACGCGCUCUGUCACACGGCGUACCCGGGAUCAGAACAGCCUGGACACCUCUACGCCUGGGCCUCAAGCACCAGCAUCAGCGGUGGUCAAAUCCGAAGGCGACACCAACCCAGCCGCUCAUCCACCCCGUCUCGAGCCCAACAUAUCAGCCCCAGAUAGCAACAACACCAACAAGACCAACCUCCUCUGGGCCCAAGAACAAACCACAGAGGAAGCGCCCCGCCACCCCUCCGCCCUCACCAUCACCAUCCCGCACAACAACUUCGACCUCCUAGCCGCUCUCUCCGCCCACCCCGAACUCACCGUAAUGAUCACCGACCUCCUGCACCCAGAGGACAUCCUAACCCUCCUCACCACCUCGCGCCCCCUCCACCAAACCCUCCACCACAACCUCCCCACAAUCACAACCCACCACCUCCACCACCUCAACACCACCACCCACCCACCAAACAUAUCAGACACCUUCCCCCUCAUCUGCUACCCACGCCUCUACACCCAACCCUCCACCCCCAAAAUAACCUACCUCCUAAUGCUCACCUCCCGCACCACCACCAUCAACCGCAUCGUCACCACCCUCCAGGUAGCCAACAUCUUCCUCCCCGCCGGCACGGCCCUCGUCCUCCGCAAGAUCUGGUUCCUGAUGGACGUCCCCGACAACCACCGGAGGGAGUGGACGGUCCGCAACCGCAAUCUGUGGUCGGAUCUGGAUCUGUUCCUGGGCGUGUUCCUCAUGGUCCAGGUCGAUGCGUUUCUGGCUGAGGUGAAGGGCGUGAAACGGUCUACGGUUAUGCGGCAGUUGUGUUUUGCGCAGCGCUCAUUGGUGGGGUUGGCGGAUUAUCUUUGGGGAAAGGUUUGGGGGGAUGAGAUGGGGGCGGAGGUUGAAAGGGCGUUGGGGAGGUGGAAGGGGAUUAGGGCGGGUUCUGGUGGUGGUGGUGGCGGUGAUGGUUCUACUGUUGCUGCUGCUGCUGCUCCUGCUGCUACUGCUAAAGAAGAGGGAGAUGGAGCUGUCGUUGAUGGAGUCACUGGACCUGCAAUCCCCAGCGAUCCUGAACCCACCAGACCCACCAACGCAAACACCACCGCAGCCACCGCAGCCACCACCUCGAACCCAACCGAAGAAGAACCCGUCGCCCUGCAGUACGAAUACUACGGAAGGAAGAACACCUCCAACAAAAUCAAACUGCUGCGCCCCGACGAGUGGAUCAUGCGCGAGAUCCUGCACCGCGGCUUGGAUCUGCAGAAGAUGUACAAGCUCGUGUUCGGCGAAGGCAGGCGCGAGCAGUUCGAGACCCCCGGUGUCGCGGGCCAGAGGGUCACUUGGGAUGAGCAGAUGCGGAUGGCGACGCUCAGGAGCCAGGUGGAUUGGAUGGAGGUUGUGAGGUUGGAUCUUUGAUAAGUCUGGCGAUGAUAUGAUUCUCGAGGGGGGGGACUCUUUGUUUUUGUUUUCGAUAAUGGUGAUUUUUUUUUAUAAUGAGGCUCUUUGUUUUUCCUUCUCGAUAAGGGGUUUCUGGUGUGGAUGGGUGGUGGGUUUGAUUUGGUGAAAAGGAUUUAUAAGAUGGAUGUUAAGGAGGAAAUGGAGUUACAAGAUGGUGGAGAAAUGAAUGGGGAAAUGCAUGGUGGAAAUGAUCUAUGAACUGGGUGUUGGAUGAGGAUAUGCAUGAUGAAACGCAUGGCACAUCUACUGAUGCGGUGACACUUCAACAAGCUGGGACUGUACAUCUGUUCAUAAGAGAUUUCAACAGAAUCUGAAAUGGAAACG